AUGAUUGGUUUCUUCGACCAUUACAAACAACUCAAAUACCAUCUCACUAGUUCAGCAUCUCACAUGUCACCCAUAGUUUUGGUCCUCGUUGGGAUGGCAGGCAUCGGUAAGACAACACUUGCUGCACAAGUUUUCGAAGAUUCAGAUAUCGUGAAACACUACGAUCUUCGCGUGUGGGUGAACAUUGGGGGAAAAUGUCAACUGAAAGAGAUCCCGCGGCGCAUUCUAGCUAAGCUGAAUCCCGAUCUAAGCGAUCGAUUCCUCUCGGAAGGUGAGGAUCACGAAAUUGCUCGGUGCCUGCGUGAGAAUUUGAAGGGCAAGAGAUAUCUCUUUGUUGUAGAUGAUGUAUGGAACAAAUACACGGCGUGUCACUUCAAAUGGUGGAGCAAAUACAAAAUAUUUGAAUCGGAGCCUUUUCCAUACGAGGGAAAUGGAAGUCGAGUGUUGCUCACAACCAGGCUGCAGCAAGCAGAUGAACACGAUGGUAAAUUUCCUGAUUAUGUCUCGAAAUUGCGCUUCUUGGAUAAGGAGGAAAGCUGGGAGCUUCUGCGUGAGAACGUGUUUGGUGAAGAGCUGUGCACUUAUCAAUUUGAGAGAGCUGGAAGGAAGAUUGCGGAGAAUUGUGAAGGUCUUCCUCUUAUGAUUGUUGAGGUUGCAGAGCUCUUGUCUUCGAAGGAGAGGACGUUGCACUAUUGGAACGAAGUUGCAGCAAAGAAAAAUCACGAGCUUUUCAUGGAUGCUUAUGAUGGAAUAUCAAAGGUACUGUAUUCAAGCUAUGAGAAUUUGACUGAGUUGCUAAAACUAUGUUUUCUGUAUAUGGGAGUUUUUCCUCAAAAUUAUGAGAUUCCUCGAACUAAGCUGAUCAAUAUGUGGAGUGUAGAUGGAUUUCUUGAAGGAAAUGCACAUGAAUUCCAAUCUUUUAGUGCAAUAGAAUGUUUAAAUGAGCUUGUUGCAAAUAACGUGGUCAUGAUAUAUCAAAGCAGCCUGUCUCCGGAUUCAAUUGGUUAUGAGCAAAUAAAAACUUGUGGACUUCAUUCUUCGUUAUGGCACUUGUGUAACAGAGAAGGUAGGGAGACGAAAUUCUGUCGCGUCUUAAACGGUCUUGGUGACGGUUUAGGAGGAGAUAUAGAGGGGCAGAGUAGAUUGUCCUUCCACAACAAUGUUUUGUUUGGCAUCAAAGAUGUAUGUGAGUCAGUGGAAGUUCGUUGUGCAUCAACUGCGCGUUCUCUUCUUUGUUAUGGUCCUUAUCAACAAUAUCCAGUUCCCAUAUGCUCUGGUUUGAAGUUGCUGAGAGAGUUGGAUGCUCUUACAAUCCGUUUCUAUGAGUUCCCAUUGGAGGUUUUAGAAUUUGUUGAGCUGAGGUACCUAGCCCUCACUUUGAGUGGAGAACUCCCUGCUUCCAUAUCCCGACUCACAAACCUUGAGUUCUUGAUUGUGGGUCGCCAUUUGAGCAUCAAAUCGUGCAGGGGGUUGUCGUAUUUGCCAGUGGAGAUAUGGAACAUGAAGGAGAUGAAGCAUAUUAAUGUCAUGGAUAGUGACAUACCCAAUCCUUGUGGGGCUUCAUUGGAAAGUUUACUCACACUUUCAAAUGUGAGUGUUCAUAGCUGUACUGAGGAAGUUUUUAGUGCAGUUCCAAAGUUGGAGAAACUCGGGAUUCGAAUUGAAUUAGCAUAUGAUGAUGAUGUUAAACUCUUGAGCUCCCUUGACCGAGUUUCCAUUCUCAAAGAACUGAGAUCGCUCAAAUGUGUGAUAGUGAGUUCUGAGAUAGUGCCUCCUCCGGCUGCUCCAUUUCCAAAAUUCCCAUCAUAUUUGACGAAGCUGAGUUUGAGCGGGCUGUAUAAUUCAUUUCUUGCACUCAUAUAA